AUGGCUCGUGGUCCCAAGAAGCACCUGAAUUGUGUAGAAACUCCAAAGCAUUGGAUGCUGGAUAAACUGACUAGUGUGUUUGCUCCUUGUCCGUCUACAAGUCCCCACAAGCUGAAGGAAUGUCUCCCCCUACCCAUUUUCCUAAGGAACAGACAUAAGUAUGCCUUAACAGAAGAUGAAGUAAAGAUCUGCAUGCAGGGUUUCAUUAAGAUUGAUGGCAAGGUUCGCACUGAUAUAACCUACCCUGAUGGUUUUAUGGAUGUCAUCAGUAUUGACAAGACUGGAGAGAAUUUUCGUCUGAUCCAUGACACCAAGGACCGCUUUGCUAUUCAUCAUAUUACACCUGAGGAGGCCAAGUAUAAGUUGUGCAAAGUGAGAAAGAUCUUUGUGGGCACAAAAGGAAUCCCUCAUCUGGUGACCCAUGGUGCUCAUACCAUCAGCUACCCUGAUCCCCUCGUCAAGGUAAAUGACACCAUUCAAAUUGAUUUGGAGACUGGCAAGAUUAAUGAUUUUGUCAAAUUUGACACUGGUAACCUGAGCAUGGUGACUGGAGAUGCUAAUCUGGGAAGGAUUGGUGUGAUCACCAACCAGAAAAGACAUUCUGUUUCUUUUGAUAUAGUUCACGUGAAAGAUGCCAGUGGCAACAGCUUUGCCAUCUGGCUCUCCAACAUUUUCGUUAUUGGCAAAAACAACAAACCAUGGAUCUCUCUUCCCCAGGGAAGGGGUAUCUGCCUUACCAUUGCUGAGAAGAGAGACAAGAGACUGGAGGCCAAACAGAGCAGUGGAUAA